AUGCAGGACAACCUGUACUAUGGACCUCCCUUUAAUGUUGCUCAGGCCGAGGACUCGUCAAUCAAUGCUGGUGUCCCACAGGCCAUGCCCCUGAUCUCCUCGAUCCCCCUUGAUCAACUCAUGAUCAAAUCACCAACAUUUAAUCAGUUGUUAAAAAAUGAAUAUUUCAGUGAAACUGUUCAAAAAUACCAGUUAGUUGCUCGGAUUGAAGGGCUCCUUGGAAAAGAAAGUCUCCUAGUAGACAAGAUACGGAAAGCAGAAGACAAGCUCCAACGAGCAAUGAGUAAAAAGCAAGCACUACAGCAAGAGAACCAUACCCUGCAUCAAGAAGUCUCAAAGUUGCAAACUGCUCUCAAUAAGCAGUCAUGUUCUGCAGGUGGUGACAAAACCGGAUAA